AUGGCCAAGGCACCCAAGGGCACCAUCGCCAUCGAGGAGGCGGUGCUCAACCCGGACGGCAUCGCGUGGAUGGCGGAGAGCGCGACGCUGUUCAACCCGGGGCAGGACGCGUCCAAGGCGGGCAGCGCCAACCACGGGCACACGCCGCAGCUGCUCGACAUCCACGGGGCGCGGCUGGCGCAGAUGGACGCGCACGGCGUCGAGUACAUGCUGCUCAGCCUGACGUCGCCGGGCGCACAGGGCGAGCCGGACCGGGCCAAGGCCCGCCGCCUGGCCGCCGACGCCAACGACUGGCUCGCCACCCAGGUCGCCGCCAACCCGGCCCGCUUCGGCGCCUUCGCCAGCGUGUCCAUGCACGACGCCGCCGACGCCGCCGCCGAGGCCCGCCGCGCCGUCCGCGACCUCGGCAUGUUCGGCGUCAUGCUCAACGACUACCAGGUCGUCGCCGAGGGCGGAAACGAAGAGGGCAAGAAGUACUACGACGCGCCAGAGUUCCGCCCCUUCUGGCAGGCCGUCGACGACCUCGGCGUGCCCGUCUACAUGCACCCGCGCUACCCGCCGGCCAAAGACUUGGUCCCGCGCACCCGCUACGGCGACCGCAAGCAGAUCCUCGGCGCUGCCGUCCAGUUCCACCUCGACCUCAGCAUGCAUCUGUACGCCCUGUGCUCGAGCGGCAUCUUCGAUCUGUACCCGCGCCUGCAGGUCGUGGCCGGCCAUCUGGGAGAGGGGAUUCCCUUCAAUCUCUGGCGCGCCGACCACUGGUACAACAAGCCGGUCAAGAAGGCGACGCGGCCGUCCAAGCACGACUACAGCUACUACUUCACGCACAACAUCUCCAUCACGACGUCGGGCGACUUUUCGACAGCGGGGCUCAAGUUCUGCAUCGGCGCGAUUGGCGUCGACCGGUGUCUGUUUUCCAUCGACUACCCCUACGACACCAUCGAGGAGGCGCAGGACUGGUGGAAGACGGUCGACCUGCCGGCUGACGAGAAGGAGGCCGUGGCGAGGGGCAAUGCCAUCAGGCUGUUCAAGCUGCCUCUGGAGCUGUGA